GUUCAUCACAUUCCAGCUACCAUGCUGUAACAAACGCUGUUGACCAUGGGAUAGUCGCUGGCAUGCACCAUCGAAAGGCAACGGAACAUGUUGUCGCAGGCGUGCGCGGGCAGUGGCCCUGCGCCUGCGCUUCAUCUGCUCGCAGCUGUCUUAUCAUCGCGGGGACAUUUUGGCGCCACAAGCCAGAGCCUCGCGCGAUGUUGGGGCAGCAACUGCCGGCAGGCCACCGGUCAUAUGCAGUCAGCCCCAGCCGGGUGUGCGCCCCCCGGGGCCGGGGCCAGCGCACCCGCUGUGGCAACCUCCCUCCUUCCAGCGGCAUGCGCGGCCCAGACCGCCCCCCUCAAUCCCGCAUCAGCGCCAGGGGGCCUGCUGUCACUGCUGGCAUGGGCGCGGGCGCUGGCCCCGCACGGAGGGCGGCGAGCAUAUGCCACCGGCGCCGGGCCCAACCCGCAAGACAGCCAGAACAGCAGUGGCAACAGUAGCAGCAGUGACAGCAGUAGCAGCAGCAGUAGCAAUGCUGGUGGCAGCAGCGAGCUGCUCGCCAACAAGAGCCGUGUGCUGCAAUUUAGUCAGGAUCGGGGCGAGGCGGAGCGGCAGUGGGAGGCGCACCACGCUGGCCUGCUGUCCUCGCACCCGGGCGGCUGGGACAGCUGCAAGGCCACACUGCUGCCCUGGUGGUCCUUCGCCGCGCAGGCAGACGUGUACGUGUCGUCGGCGCAGGUGGGCCGCAACGUGCUGCGCAGCCGCUACAACCCAGCCACGCGGCGCAAUGAGGCCUUCUACGACACCGAGUGGUGGACCGUGCAGCCGCAGUGGCGCUACAGCCGCCGCUGGGGCGUGGAGUCGCCGGAGGCGCAGGUGUACGGCGGCUCCAAGUACCGGCACGACCCCGCUCUGGACCGCAUGCGCCCGGGCGAGUUCGUACGGCGUGCCGUGCCGUACGGCGACUACCUCCGGGGGAAGGCAGGGGGGUCGGGAGGGGCAGCGGGGGUUUCGGGUGCCGACGCCACGUCAUCAAGCCCAGACCGGCUAGUGCCGUUCCGCAUGGGGCCCAUCCAGGCGGCGGAGCAGGUGAAGCAGAGCAUCAGGAGUGCGGAACUGCGCAAUGCGGAGGAACAGCUGCGCAGCACUUAUGGAGCUGACCAGGUCCGGCACGUGAUGUUGGGUCUGGAGCUGGGGGCUGUCAGCGCCACGCCCGUGUUCGUGCCGGUGUACGUGUUCAAGACACGGAUACGGGGCACCGUCAUGCGAACCUACGUGGCGGGCUUCACGCAGGGGUUGUCAUCCGGGCCGGUGCUGCCCAACCCCACACGCGUGGCUGCCCUCACGGCGGCGGCGGCGCCAGUAGCCCUGGCGGCGGGCGGGCUGUUUGACUGGCUGCCGCUGCCUGUGGCGCUGGUGGUUGGCAUGGUGAUGCCGGCAAUGGUGGGGUACCUGGCCGCCAGCUUCUGGCCUCAGCUGUACGCGGCCUUCCUGCUGCUGCGCUCGCGAAUGAGCUCGCCACUGCCCGAGCCCAGCGCGGCGGAGCAGGAGGCCUGGUGGCGGUACGAGUGGGUGCGGCAGGAUGCGGACGAAGGCUAUGGCUACAGCGGUGAUGCGCGCUACAGCUACAGCUACAGCCAGCGGCAGCGGGAGCAAGAGCAGGAGCAGCGGAGGCAGCAGUCUUCCAGCCGCUCCCGCAGCCAGCAGCGGCAACAACAGCAAAGCCGCACCUCGGGCGGGUCCGGCUCCGGCUCGGCCAGCAGCAGCGGCGGCUCGCACCCGGGCUGGGACCCGCGUGGGCUGUACGGCGUCCUGGGCGUCAGCCGCACCGCAAGCAAGGAGGAGGUGCAGGCCGCCUACCGCGCCGCCGCGAUGCGCUGGCACCCCGACCGCCAGCCCGAGCCGCGGCUCAAGGCGGAGGCCACGCGGCGCUUCCAGGCCGUGCAGGAGGCCUACAGCGUGCUGCGCGACCCGCAGCGGAGGGCAGCGUACGACCGCGGAGGCUACGUGUGAGAGGGGCGGUGUGUGGUGUGUGUGCGAGGGUGGUGUGGGAGUGGUUUGAGGGGUGGUUUUAGGGGAGAGGGGACGGGAAAUGGAGAGCGCGCGGUCGGCGACUUGUUGGGUAUUGCCAGGAUAUGGUGCUGGGUGAAUUGAAGGAGGCAGCGCAGUGGGUGUAUCGCGGUGGCAUGGCGAGGUGUGUAUGCAUUCGACUGGCAGCCUGUGUGGGACUGUGCGGACAGGGGAUGCCACAGUGGUCGGGGGCCCGGGCAGGUGUGCACGUGCCUUCACUUGUGGCGGAAGACUUGUGGGCUAGGAGCGUCAUCUAUACAGCGAAGACUCGCUACUGUGCACAUGUGCACUGGCAGCAUAACGGUACUGUGCGUGGGCUUGCUGUUGGUGUUUGGCAGCAGGUGUUCGGAUCACUGAAAUGCUUAAAUGCGUAUUCGGAUGUCGGCGGCAAGCAGAAAGCACCCCGUGAACGAUGGAAGCUCUGAUGCGGAUAACGCUGUGUGUUGUGGACAAGGCGACAAAGCUUGGGGCAUGCGUGCUGUUCGCGGUACUCAGAGAAAUGCACGCUACGGUACCGCAUAUGCCCUGCCAUGAGAGGUCUUGGCUAGAACGUGUGCACAGCCAUCGUUGCGAUGCUGUGCACGCCCAGUGGCUGGCCCCGCAGGAGGCAAGUUGCUGGUGCCAGGGAAGGCCUGUGUUCAUAAUUGGGUCGCUGGCUUCUUGUCAUUGAAGACAUGAAGUGGGGAGAAAGCGGAUGCCUGAGCGCGGCCGCAGAGAGCGGUCUUGUAAAGCCUUGGACUG